UGUACCUUUGAAGUCAUGGUUGCAAGCCGCCAUUAAACCAGAAGAAGAAGAAGCAGCUCGAAAGAAGUAAGUGGAUGACAUCGUGAUUGACAGCUGUGUUAGCAGGCUUCACACUCACCUGGCGAGCGCGCGCGAAUACGAUCAGGUCAAAGGUCAAAGGCAGCAAUGAUCUCUUUGGAAGACCUUGAGGGACUGGAGGAGGAGGAACAGGACAGUAACAUCACUGACAACCCAGAGCCAAUGGGUGAAGACGACUCAGACAGACUGCUGAGUCACUGGCAGGCAGUGGCCAGCACACACCAGGUGUCAGUGCCUACAGAAAUGAUGGGACCCAUACAGGAAAUGACACGCAACAACCAGCAGAGGGAGCCCGUCCCCUUUGUGGCCAUUUCCUGUCAGGAGAAGAUGGGGGAGGUGAUGUAUGAGGAGAGAGUGUACCCUGCUGGAAAGUGGGCGUGUGUGACGCGGGGGGAGGAGCUUUACGAGCAGAGCAUCUCCAUGAGCUUCAUGAAGCUCAUGCGCUUCAUCUGCAAGGAGAACUCAGCAGGUCGCCAUCUUGGAAUGACGGUGCCAGUGGUCAGCACGAUCCACAUGAUGGAAGACGGGAAGACUUUCGCUAAGGACGUUCUCACCGGGUUCUACCUGCCUGCUGAGUUCCAGAAUGACCCUCCUCAACCCUCUGACUCUGACAUCGUUAUUAUGCACAGAGACCCGGUCAGAGUCCUGUCCAGGACGUUCUUUGGAACGACCACAGAGGAGACUGUGACGCGCCAGAUCGAACUUCUUUGGGAGAUGGUGGGCUUGUCAGAAGACGUGAUGUCAGAUUACUAUAUGGUUGCCGUCUAUGAGAAUCCAAGUGUUUCUCGGCGCCGCAACGAGAUCUGGUUCAUCAGACGAAACCCGUAGGAAGCUCCUGUGUUCAUCCUUCUACCUGCGGUGACUGAAAGUUGUGGUCCAAGAGUUAAUCCCUGAUCACAUCCAUUGACCAUGGAUCAGUACUUUUGGUGUUAGCAUGCUUAGUUAGUAGCACUGUUAGCUGCUUGUCACUGAUGUAAACAAUCCAUCCAUUAAUUGAUGCAGUCAUGCUAGUCUGUAAAUCACAGCCACCAACUUUGAUGUUAAAAGUUUUGUGAGGUUCCUCUUGGUUGGCAGAACCAGAAGCAUGUCCUGAAAGUUGGAAUAUUUUUGGAAGUCACUUUUGACAAAAUGUUUUUUUUAUGGGGUUUACAGGCUUUUAAUGUUAAGUGUUUCCAAACUUCUAUGUCUUUCUUUUUUUAAAUUCAGCUUCUUGCUAUGUUUGAAAUAAAAAUGUUUAUUCUUGUUCAA